AGAAACUGGUGCUGUAAUGUUUGAAUGAGAUUGAAGAAGAGCAGUAGAACACAGAGCUCAUCAUGUCAAGUAAUGCAUUAACUCUUCUUAUCUUGGUUCUGAAUUUUUCCUUAUUUCCAGCCACCUCUGCUAUGAACCAGGAAGGUGUCUCUCUACUUUCAUGGCUCUCAACAUUCAAUUCCUCUAAUUCUGCUACUUCAUUUUCUUCAUGGGAUCCAACCCACAAAAAUCCAUGCAAAUGGGAUUACAUAAAAUGUUCCAAAGAAGGACUUGUUUCAGAGAUUAUAAUAACAUCACUUGAUCUUGGCACCAGCUUCCCUAUACAGCUCCUUUCUUUUGGCAACCUUACCACUCUAGUCAUCUCAAAAGCAAAUCUCACUGGUGAGAUUCCUGGUGCUGUAGGAAACUUGUCAUCUUUGGUUACCUUAGACCUUAGCUGUAAUGCUUUGUCAGGAACCAUUCCAACUGAAAUAGGAAAAUUAUACAAAUUGAAGUGGUUAUCUUUGAAUUCAAACUCAUUACAUGGUGGAAUUCCUACCCAAAUUGGAAACUGUUCAAAACUUCAGCUGCUUGAACUGUUUGAUAACCAACUCUCUGGCAUGAUUCCGGGAGAAAUAGGCCUCUUGAGGGACCUUGAAACGCUCCGUGCCGGUGGAAACCCGGGUAUUCAUGGUGAGAUUCCAAUGCAGAUAUCAAAUUGCAAGGCUCUAGUUUAUCUAGGCCUUGCAGAUACUGGGAUAUCAGGGGAGAUUCCACCAAGUAUAGGAGAACUUACAAGUCUCAAGACACUUCAAAUCUAUACUGCACACCUCACAGGUCACAUACCACCAGAGAUUCAAAACUGUUCAGCCUUGGAGGAAUUGUUUCUCUAUGAAAACCAGCUUUCUGGAAAUAUUCCUAAUGAAUUAGGUUCCCUGAAAAGCCUCAGAAAGGUAUUGCUAUGGCAGAAUAAUUUUACUGGAACAAUUCCAGAAGGUCUAGGCAACUGUACAAACCUGAAAGUCAUAGACUUUUCUUUGAAUUCUCUGGUUGGUGAACUUCCAGUGACUCUCAGGAGUCUAAUCUCAUUGGAGGAGCUUCUUUUGUCUAAUAAUAACAUCUCUGGAGAGAUACCUUCCUAUAUUGGCAACUUCACCAGCAUGAAGCAACUGGAAUUGGAUAACAACAGAUUCUCUGGGGAGAUUCCACCUGUCUUGGGGCAACUGAAAGAACUCACCUUGUUCUAUGCCUGGCAGAAUCAGCUCCAUGGAAGCAUACCAACACAACUCUCCAACUGUGAGAAACUUCAAGCACUUGAUCUUUCACAUAAUUUCCUCACCGGGUCCAUCCCAAGAUCACUCUUUCAUCUAGAGAAUUUAACUCAAUUAUUGUUGUUGUCAAAUAGACUUUCAGGUCCAGUUCCUCCAGAUAUUGGCAGCUGCACUAGCUUGAUUAGGUUAAGGCUGGGAUCAAACAACUUCACUGGUCAAAUUCCACCAGAAAUAGGCCUUUUAAGCAGUUUGAGUUUUCUUGAAUUAUCAGAUAAUCUACUCAGCGGAGAGAUACCCUCCAAGAUAGGUAACUGUGCUAAGCUAGAAAUGCUUGACUUGCACAGCAAUCAGCUGCAAGGACCGAUUCCUUCCUCAUUAGAAUUUCUAGCUGUUCUUAAUGUCUUGGAUCUAUCUGCAAACAGAAUAACUGGAAACAUUCCUGAAAAUUUGGGCAAGCUUACAUCUCUAAAUAAAUUGAUACUCAGUGAAAACCAUAUCACUGGUUUGAUCCCUCACUCACUGGGCCUUUGUAAGGCUUUGCAGUUGCUUGACAUAAGCAACAAUAGGAUCUCUGGGUCCAUUCCUGAUGAAAUUGGUCACUUGCAAGAAUUAGAUAUCCUCUUGAACUUUAGUUGGAAUUCUUUAACAGGCCCCAUCCCAGAAACCUUCUCGAACCUCUCAAAACUUUCCAACUUGGACCUUUCUCACAACAUGCUCACAGGAAGCCUCGCAGUACUGGGUAGUCUUGACAAUCUAGUGUCUCUUAAUGUGUCCUACAACAUUUUUUCUGGUUCUCUUCCUGAUACAAAAUUCUUCAAGGAUCUCCCUCCUGCUGCAUAUGCUGGCAACCCUGACCUAUGUAUUAACAAGUGUCAAGUAAGAGAACAUCACCAAGGCAUCCAGUCAAUAAGAAAUAUUAUUAUAUGCACUUUCCUUGGUGUUAUUUUAACUUCAGGGUUUGUCACUUUUGGAGUGAUCUUAGCUCUCAGAAUUCAAGGGGGUACUAACUUUGACAGUGAAAUGCAAUGGGCUUUUACUCCAUUUCAAAAACUCAACUUCUCCAUCAAUGACAUUGUCACAAAGUUAUCAGAUUCAAACAUUGUAGGAAAGGGUUGCUCAGGAAUCGUUUACCGCGUGGAGACUCCAAUGAAACAGGUUGUUGCAGUGAAGAAACUAUGGCCACCAAAGAAUGAUGAGUUACCCGAGAGAGAUCUUUUUUCUGCAGAAGUGCAUACCCUUGGAUCAAUAAGGCAUAAAAAUAUAGUUAGACUUUUAGGAUGCUACAACAAUGGAAGAACUAGAUUGCUCUUGUUUGAUUACAUAUGUAAUGGGAGUUUGUCUGGAUUGCUCCAUGAAAGUAGACUGUUCUUGGACUGGGAUGCAAGAUACAAGAUCAUACUGGGAGCAGCUCAGGGCUUAGAAUAUCUUCAUCAUGAUUGUACUCCUCCAAUCAUUCAUCGAGAUAUUAAGGCUAACAACAUUUUGGUAGGUCCACAAUUUGAAGCUUUUCUUGCAGAUUUUGGCCUCGCAAAACUUGUAGGUUCCUCAGAAUACUCAGGACCCUCGGCUAUAGUUGCAGGUUCUUAUGGAUACAUAGCUCCUGAAUAUGGAUACAGUUUAAGGAUCACAGAGAAGAGUGAUGUGUACAGUUUUGGUGUAGUGCUCAUUGAGGUCUUAACAGGGAUGGAGCCAAUUGCUAACAGGAUUCCGGAGGGUUCCCACAUUGUCACUUGGGUUAUCAGUGAAAUCCGAGAGAAGAAAAGAGAAUUUACAUCAAUUUUGGACCAGAAACUAGCAUUGCAAUGUGGAACACAAAUCCCUGAGAUGCUUCAAGUACUAGGGGUGGCUCUCCUCUGUGUGAAUCCAUCCCCACAUGAAAGACCAUCAAUGAAAGAUGUCACAGCAAUGCUCAAGGAGAUUAGGCACGAAAAUGUGGAUUUAGACAAAUCAAAUUUUCUACAUAAAGGAGGUGUCACAAAUCCAAAAGCAGCGGUUCACUGUUCAAGCUUAUCAAGAUCUUGUGAACCUCUAACUGAAUCACCAUCUUCUUCGUAGC